GUUAGGUCGGUAGAGGUUUGCGUUCCCUAAAAUCCACAGUUGUACAAAUAACAAGUGCGAUACAGUGAACUUAAAUAGUCCACUAGUCGACUUUCCAUAAAUAGUCGAUUUUGUUCGUGAAGUGGUGGCGUAUGUGAUUUUUGUUCAACUAAAGAUUUUACAGUAUUUCAGAGCAUAUACAAUGAUUUUUUGAACAUUUUAAUUCCAAUUGUUAGGGCAUAGGUAUUAGCCAUCUUAUUACAAUCUAAGUGCGAUGGGAUCAUUUUGUAAAUGCAUUGCACGACAGCCGUUAAUAGUGCGACGACUUGUAUGUAUCGGUGUGAUAAUUUUUUUAUGUUUGGUGGUUUUAAGGAUUUUUCACCAAACUCAAAGCUAUGAAGUCACUUUCAAAAAUCCCUGGAGAUUAAAUGAAGACGUCAUGAACAGACUUCGGGCAAAAAGUACAAGUAAGCGUUUGGUAUGGCCAGAAGAACUGCCUUACGGCGACAGGAUAAUAGAACAAAUUUUGUACGUGCCGGAUACCUACAAAAAAGAAACAGCAAAACUAAAAACUAUUUUGCUCUAUAAUGGAAUUGGCAGUGAUUGGGAGAUACCUAGACUUGAUCAAGGAGAGUUCUUAGAUUGUCCAGUGAGCAGAUGCUCACUUACUGUUGACAAAUCUUUGGCGCCAACAGCUGAUGCUAUACUAUUCAGACAUAGUUACGAGCGACCUCAACAUAAAAGGAAUCCAAAUCAAAUUUGGAUUAUUUAUUAUACCGAAGCACCGUACUCGAACACAGUAAUCCCGGACACCGAUCGAGACAUGUUUAACUGGACGGCCGUUUACCGGAUGGACAGCGACAUACCGAAUCCUUACGCGUACUGGUACAAGUACGACGAACGGGAGAUGCAAAGGCUGUCCCCGUCGCCUUCUACGAGGAACUUCGCUCAGGGGAAAACCAGACAGGUCGCUUGGUUCGUCUCGAACUGCAAUGCAAACAGCGAUCGAUUAGAAUACGCCAACGAGUUGGCCAAGUACAUACCGGUCGACAUUUUUGGUGAAUGUGGUCCGUUGAUAUGUCCCAGAUCAGAGGCAGACCUAUGUGCUACCAUGUUGCAAAAAUCUUAUAAGUUUUACUUGGCUUUCGAGAAUUCACGCUGUUCGUACUACAUUACCGAAAAGUUGUUCGCGUUGUCUUUCUACCACGACGUGCUCCCCGUUGUUCUGGGAGCGCCCAAAAAGCACUACGAGUUGGUGGCGCCCAAACAUUCGUUCAUACACGUCGACGACUUCGAAUCACCUCAACGAUUGGCCGCUUAUCUACACGAAUUGGACCGAAACGACACCCUGUACAACGAAUACUUCAAAUGGCAAGGCACCGGGGAAGUGAUUUCCGGCGUAACUAAUACAAUGUUUUACUGUCGUCUUUGCACCAUGUUACACGACGAAAACCAUCCGCCAAAGCAUUACUCCGACAUCAACGAGUGGUGGAGAGGACCGGGCGUUUGUCUUCCCUAAAAUAUUGUACGAUUAAGACUUAACGGAGGGCGACAAAUUAAAAAAAAAAAAAAAGUUAAAUAUUUUGCUCUAUAACUUUCAAUUAAA